AUACAUGAAAAUCACAAACCCAGUAGGAACGUUCGAUACCUGACGGGUAAAUACCCGUCAAAUGCCUGAGAGGUAAUGGACCUUGAAAAGAUUAUACAACCAUGUGAUUAGGUAUACAUACCCGACCCAUGACCCGUACCGAGCUCAUUUCCAUACCUAAACCCUCUUGUCAACAACACGUAAACCCUUCUACAGAAGAGGGCUUAAACCCUAUUCUCUCGAUCUCCAUCUCCGCCGCUAACAAUAUUCCGGCCACCGUAGCAUGCCCUUCAGAUUCUUCUCACUACCACACCUCCGCCUCCUCAAAUCCUCCUUCAUGAAGACAAACCCAUCAUCACUUUCAUCAAGGGGUAACGAGGUUUUCACUCGCGUAUUCCCCCACAAACUCAAAUACCAAUCACUUUCAUCAUCCAACUAUUCAUCAAGACCUUCCAGAAACAACCCAGAAACCCGAUCAGCCAAAAGCUUGAUUGAAGAUGAAGCUGAGUUGAGCGACUGGGUUAGCGAGUUGAAAUCCGACUCGUUCAAGAAAUCAAGAUUGUAUAGCGACAGUGAUGAUGAUGGUGGUGGUGAUAAUGAUAGUGAUUGGAGAGGUAAAAGGAAACGAGAGAGUGAUUCGAGGGGGAAAGGAAGGUCUGGUGGUGAAUUUGGAGUCGAAAGGGGUCGGGGGAGGAGUUCGGGUGAUUCGAGAGGGCCAGGGCGGUUUCGGGAUGAAAUGAGGACUGAUUUGAGAGCGCGGGGGCGGUCUGGGGGUGAAUUAGGGAGAAGAAAUGAUGGGUUUAGGAAGUCUUUUGAGAAACGGAAAGAGGCGUUUAGUGACGGCCUUGUGCCGAAAAGAGGUGGGAAGAGUGGGAGUAGAGGCGGUUUUAUGGUGUCUGAUGAUGAGGCGGAUUUGGGUCAGAAGAGAACAACUAGGAAGUUUAGCGAAUUGAUCAGUGAUGACGAAGACGACGAUGAUGACAAUGAUGAUGAUGAUGAUGAAGAAGAAGGGAAUAUAGACCUUGAUGAUGGUAAUGAUGGUGGUAUAUUAGAAAAGUUAGAAAAGCCGGCGAGAGUGAAUCCGCCUCCUAGGAGUUCACCUGAUGGAAGUGAAUCUUAUCUAAGUGAAACAAGGUUUGAUCAAUGUGCGGUUUCACCGCUGUCGUUGAAAGCAAUUAAGGAUGCGGGAUAUGAAAAGAUGACUGUUGUCCAGGAGGCGACUCUUCCUGUUAUUCUUAAAGGGAAGGAUGUUUUGGCCAAGGCUAGAACGGGCACUGGAAAAACCGUUGCAUUUCUGCUGCCGUCAAUAGAAACUGUUGUGAAAUCGCCAGCUGUCAGCCGUGAUCAAAAGCGACCUCCUAUUAUGGUCCUUAUCAUCUGCCCUACUAGAGAGCUUGCAAGUCAAGCUGCCAUGGAGGCUAACAAACUCAUAAAGUAUCAUCCUUCUAUCGGCGUUCAAGUUGUCAUCGGUGGCACUCGUCUCGGUUUGGAACAGAAACGUAUGCAAGCAAGCCCAUGCCAGAUUCUUGUAGCAACACCUGGACGGCUCAGAGAUCAUAUUGAAAAUACUGCUGGAUUCGCCACCAGGCUAAUGGGCGUUAAGGUUUUGGUUCUUGAUGAAGCCGAUCAUUUACUAGACAUGGGAUUCCGCAAAGACAUUGAGAAAAUCAUAGCAGCUGUCCCGAAACAGAGACAAACGCUACUAUUUUCCGCCACAGUCCCUCCUGAGGUUCGUCAAAUUUGCCAUGUUGCUUUAAAAAGAGAUCAUGAAUACAUCAACACUGUUCGUGAAGGUAGCGAAGAGACCCACACACAGGUUCAACAAACACAUUUAGUUGCACCACUGGACCAGCAUUUUUCACUUUUGUACGCACUUCUGAAAGAUCAUAUUUCAGAUGAUCCUGACUAUAAGGUUCUUGUGUUUUGCACAACCGCAAAGGUCACACAGCUUGUUGCCGACUUGCUUGGUGAGCUCAAAUUAAACAUCCGAGAAAUUCAUUCGAGAAAGGCACAGACAUACAGGACUCGCGUUUCAGACGAGUUUAGAAGGUCAAAGGGUCUUAUUCUCGUAACGUCUGAUGUGUCUGCACGUGGAGUCGAUUAUCCAGAUGUAACACUUGUUAUACAGGUUGGGCUUCCGGCGGAUAAAGCCCAGUACAUUCAUCGGCUAGGAAGAACAGGGCGUAAAGGGAAGGAAGGGGAAGGGGUACUGAUACUAGCACCAUGGGAACAGUUCUUUUUGUCUACAAUUAAAGAUUUGCCUAUUUCGAAACGUGAACCACCUUUGGUAGAUCCCGACACAAAGAAAAAGGUGGAGAAGGCGAUGUGUAAUGUGGAUAUGAAAAACAAAGAAUCUGCAUAUCAGGCAUGGCUCGGGUAUUACAACUCGAACAAGACGAUCGCAAAGGAUAAAUACCGGCUUGUGGAGCUUGCAAAUGAGUUUAGUAGAAGCAUGGGACUUGAUAAUCCACCUGCAAUUCCUAAACUUGUUCUUGGUAAAAUGGGGUUGAAAAAUAUCCCAGGUUUGCGAUCUAAAUGAGACCCAAGAGUCUUUUGAGAAAUUUUGUUUAACUCGUUAGAAAAAAUAUAAUUAUAUAUUUUUUGGGAACUAUUUAUCUUAAUUUUUGAAUUAGUUAGUGAAAUUCUGUUACUC